AUGAGCAUAUUCAACCAGAAAUCCAAAUUCAAGGUCAAGACCGAAGUGCGCAAGGUCAAGCAAGCGGUGGAGCCGACGCCCGAGAGCAAAAAGAGAUACGUCGGCAACGGCAGCGCCAGCGCCAGCACUAACGGCACGCCGCGCGCGUCGCCCACCCCCUCCUCCCUGCAGGUGAAGCGCCCGCGACCACGGCCCGGCGCCGGCGCCGCCUCCCCCGCGACCGGGCCCUCGCUGUCCUCCUCCACCUCAGCCUCGCCGCUGGACCUGACCCGAAAACGCCGGGCGCCCGCGGGCAGCAGCAGUAGCCGAUCCCCGGCGACGGCGAGCCCCGCGCCGCGCGCCCUCAGCGACUCGGAGCCCGGGUCGGAUGACGACGAUGACGACGACUGGCGGGACCGGCUGGACCCGAGCAAGCGGCGGAAGCGGGCGCACACGGAAGACCCGGACCGGCGGCUGAGGCAUCCGAGGCUGUGGGCGGGGCAGGGCGACGAGGACAAGCCGGGGAUCGUGCACGCGGUGCAGGUGGCGUCGCUAGCGGACAAGUGCCAGCCGGUGAUGAAGCUGGCGCGGGACGAGGUGGGCGUGCGGCUGCGGUAUCCCGGGGCGAAGUAUACUGAGCGGUAUGAGCUCGUGUGGGGCAAGGAUAAGAUCGACGGCGCCCUGGAUAUCAUGAAGGUGGUCAAGUUUGUGGCAUCGACAUACCUCACCGACGCCGAGGCAAAACCGUUUCUGGACCAUAACCUUGGUAUCAACCGCCGACUGGAGAAGAGUAAGAACACCAAUGACGGGGAAGGAUUUAAGGCGGCUCUGGCGGAAUACAAUAACCAGCUACUGGCCCUUCAAACGGAAGGCGCAAUAGCAAGGAACAUCGAUGCCAUGCGCGGUGUGCCCAGAGAGCUCGUCGAGUUCAUCUUGGACCAAGUAUACGACCGUACUGUGGCGCCCAAAGUCGAUCUUCUGGCCAAGUACGAGAACGGCACCGACAAUGUCUAUGGCGAGCUGCUCCACCCGUUUAUUUCCGACAUCUUCGACCGCACAAAGCUGAGUUCGGACAUGGUCUUUGUCGACCUCGGCUCGGGAGUCGGCAACGUGACGCUCCAGGCGGCCCUGGAAAGGGGAUGCGAGAGCUGGGGCUGCGAGAUGAUGGAGAACGCGUGCAAUCUCGCCGAGGCGCAAAAGAAGGAGUUCACGGCGCGCUGUCGAAUGUGGGGCAUCGCGCCGGGCAAGGUGCACCUGGAACGGGGCGAUUUCCGGAAGAGCGAGAGGACCUUGGCGGCGUUGAAACGAGCCGACGUGGUCCUAGUCAAUAACCAGGCAUUUACCUCGGAGUUGAACGACCACCUCGUCAACAUCUUCCUGGACCUCAAGAUCGGGUGCAAGAUCGUGUCGCUCAAGACCUUUGUCCACGACAACAAGAUCGCCGAGAACGAUGUGGCGUCGUCCAUUUUGGAAGUUGAGGACUUGAGAUACCACGAGGGUUAUGUUAGCUGGACGGGAGCCGCAGGGUCAUUUUGCAUUUCGACGAGAAAGUGA